ACAUUCCUUUCAGGACAUUCGGAAUGCGCUCAACAAUGUCUGCCAACAGCAUAUCAUCGGGGAAAUGAAAUGCGUACUGCAAAUCUUACCAAUAAAUAAUCCCAAGUUUCUUUAGUUUACUCACCGCCACACACAGUCACACCGUGUGGUUUCACUGUGUGUCGUCUUAUCGGCGAUAUUUCCGUCCUGAUAACUUCUUAUCUUUGAAGUCGGUUCGCGCUACCAUCUAACGACCAUCACGUAUCGACGGGAGUAAUUAAUGGCCAAUCACGGUGGUUAGUGUCAGUUUAUUGCCACCUGCCUGUCGGAAGAAAAUUUCACUUUGAUUGAUAACGCUUGAACGCACGCGCAAAAAACUUUCUACUAAUCCAGUUCGCGAGUAACACUAGAGCCAUGUUUCGUCGGCAGGAUGGAAACGGUUCCAAAACGCCACAUCAGUACGGUUCCGGAAACAAUUUUUCCACUGAAAUACGCUACGACACCACCACGAUUCCGGAAUUCGAUAAAAGGCCUGCUUUCAUUCACAUUUUGCUGCUGAACAAGACGAUACGACUCUUUGUGGUGCUUGGUUUGGCCAGUGUCGUAAUACCAGCGUUUGCGUAUCUGUUUUUCUUCUCGAAGGAAAUUGGCCACGGUAACAAGCGCGACAUCAUUGGUACAUGUGGUCAUCCGACACUCUAUCACAUUCCUUGCGGAUAUCCACACAAUCUUACAAGGAAUGAAUGUCACUUGAUGGGCUGUUGCUAUACCAGUUUGGCCACCUGCUACCACUCAUUACCCUCAGAGCAUCAGUACAUCAUCGGCAGUGAUUGGGCUACCGGUGAGCCAGCCAUCCUAACCCCUCACAGACUUGUGACUCCUUACGAGAAGUCGGCACUAAAGGAGGUUCGAUUUGAUGUCAGCGUCACAGAGGAUACUGGAGGACGAUUUAGGUUUUUACUGUCCAAGAUGGAUGAAAACCAAGAACCUCCACUGGCACCUACAACUUCAACGAAGCUAGAAACAGCCGAUCUACAGGUGCAAGUCUACAGUCCUACUUUCUUUAUCGAAGUCAAGCGAAAGAUCGAUCACGAAGUGAUCUUUUCUACUGCACGUGGUCCACUGGUGGUGACGGAUAACUUCAUCGAAUGGACACUACACCUAGGAGCGGAUAUUUUGUUUGGGUUGGGUCGUGCUUAUCUCGAGCCUGGUACCAAAUAUCUGCUGUUGAACAAUCAGAACACCUCCGCCGUUCCUAUCAUCAUGGGUUACAACUUAAAGCUGAAACUGUUCAACGGACUAAUGUUUAACACACCCGGACUUACUGAGGUGGAAAUUGUUGGCUCCCGUCUCAUCAUUGUACGUGCACAGCUUGGCGAGAGUUUUGAUCUACAGUUUCUGCCUGGACCAACACCCGCCAUGCUGUAUCGACAAUCGAAAGCCAUCCUGCAGAACCAGUACACACCACCGUUCUGGGCGUAUGGAGUGCACGUUUGUGAUCAGUCUGUGAAGCGAAAUCUUACCAUCGUGCGACAGGAUUUGGAACUCCUGCUUAACGACACCGUUAUGUUUGAUUCCCACUGUCUACACAACGAUAUGUUCUGGAUCUCCGACACGAUGACUAUCGACAAGGAUGUCGAAUCAAUGCUGCAGCUACUGAGAGACGCCGGGAAGAAGUUUGUCCCUGCGAUUGUGCUUGCCGUAGGGUACGGAGGCAAUCCAACCUUUAUUGAUGCGCGUGAAAAAGGCAUCCUGCUACGUCACGCGGGAAAUCAACUUGCUUACCAAGGUCGUGUAAGAAACCGUACCGCUGUGUACGUGGAUUGGCGAACCAGUCGCUCGUCUAAUCUCACCGAAUGGUUCGACGCCCAAUGGGAGAAGAUCCUCAACUUGGAAGCGGAUGGAUACGUGCUGGAAGAAGCCAGUCCACGCGAUGAGCGAAACAGUUCCUUACCACGCCCAAAGCAGUUGAUUUAUCAACCGGAUCAGCUGAACGCCAGUUUGGCAGAAAUGUUGCCCUGGAACACGUUGCUAUCGGACAGCUUACAGUUAGAGCUUUCCCAGCAUAACCUGAUCGGAGUCCAGGCACUUGAUGUUGUGCAGAGGAAAAUUGCUGCAGCGAAUGCUUUCGUUGUGACUGGAGCUUACGAUGUUCGCAGUCGGGCGGCAACACUUCCAUCGAAUAUCUCCUCCAGCUGGAUAUCGCUACGCAGCGAGGUGAAUCGGUGUAUAGGGCUUUCCGUGGUCGGUGUCAGCUUUACCGGAACUCCGGUGUGUGGUAAUGCACCGCUUGGACGCGCUAAUGUUUCCGAGGAGCUCUGCAUACGCUGGUACCAGUUUGCCUCACUGCUACCACUGUUUCGUGUAACGGCCGAUCGGACCCCGAAUAAAUUCACCCACUUUGGACGACGCGUAAUGUAUGCCGUUCUGCGCAAACGCUUCUCGCUGCUCGAGUAUAUGAACACCUUGCUGCUGGAGGACGCACCUUAUCUGAGACCUAUGUUUUACCAUUACGAGGAAGCCUCCAACUAUACAAAGGACCUUUGGGAGCAGUUCAUGCUUGGAGAGGCACUAUUGGUAGCUCCCGUUCUAUUGCCCCAGAUGACCCAGAUAGCGAUCUACUUCCCGGACACGUUUUACGAGCUUUGGGGCGGUCAAAAGAUGCCGGGCAACGAUGUCCUACAGUAUGCGGUGGUUGAGUCCGAUUUGCCGAUGUUUUUACGACCAGGAUUUAUCGUUCCGAUGCGUGACAUCGUCGAGGAGUUGGUUGAUCUUGAUAAUGGGACAUCGGUGCCUCUGACAGCGGAACUAUCCCGCUUGAAGCCACUCCAUCUGGUCGGUGCGUUCGAUUGUAACAUUCGUCGAUGGAAAUGCUCGAUGACGGGUCGCAUACUCUUUCAACCUGGCUUCCGGUUGGACUUUGGUGUCGAUCUUGACGAUCGUGUCGUGAUAAGUGUCAUCGCGAACGUUACCUCGACGGAGGAGGUACAGCAGGUGGCUUGUGCCGAAGGUGCUACACUUAACGUUACCAUCGGAAGUGUUCAGCUUUACGGACAUCCAAACACAACCCAACCGCUGUCGUUUGAUUUCGAUUAUGACUUCUGCCAGCAGGAUAGCAAACGGAUGGAGUACACCAACUUGUACCGCAAGGGACCGGAAGAUCCGUACGGAAAUCUGUCUUGAAAGCAGGACCGGUGUGAAAAAGGAAGGAUUAGUAUUGGUUCAAGAUAACAUCUGGAGAAAUUGUUCAUAUUUUUACUCAUUCGCCCAUGCGCUGGGUUUUUUCUUCUUCUUCUUUUGCUGCUUGUUUCAGUUUUUCCCUGAAACCUCCGGCACUUAAGCAAUUCGCCGUGCAUCCGCCUGUCAUACACAGUUAUGGUAAUUGGAUAUUUUAAUAUGCAUUCAGCGUGCUCAAUCCAGCCGGUUUCAUCUUAUCUAGAGUCUGUGUGUGUGUGUAUAUGGAUUUUGCUUCUUCCAUAUACCUUAAUUCUUCGUUGGUUGGUUUUUAGCGCUUUCGAACUGGGUGAUCCGUUCCAUUUGCCAGUUUUUUCCCCAGCAGCUUUCAGUUGGAGCAGCUAUUGCACUUUGCUUGCUGAAGUACAAUUUUCAAAAGACAACCGCAUAUAAUUUUAAUAAGCGUACUUGAAGAAAGAAAUAAAAAGGACGGACACCUUCCCGGUAAAAGCAAAGGUCAGGUCAGUCGGAAGGUGAAUAAAAUAAAAAAAGAUGAGAGUUUGCUUGUCUGAUCCGGUCAAAUGUUUCAUGUUAAACCAAUAAAAUAUAUUUUUUAAAAGGUUUAUAUCAACGUA